AUGAAAGCAGCCUUAAUAAUUGCAUCAUUGCUGUUGGUCCUUUUUGCUGGUGUUUGUUUUGUAACUGCCGCUGAUGCUGUUCCUUCGGCAACACCAACAACGACUACUCCAACAACAACACCAUCCAAAGAAGAACGUGCAAAAAUAAGAAGGUUGUUGAACAAGAAGAAGAAGCAGCUUGCCAGAACCACUAAAGGAAAUAAGGAAGUACAAACCCUUAUCAGUGCUGCUCAGCUAAUGCCAUCAGAUGCGCAAUCACAGGCAUACGUGCAAAACCAAAAUCAAGUUUCGAGCGAGUUGUCUACUGUCGAACAAACUCUUAAAUUCGAAAUUGAGGCUCUCUCCAAGCUUUGCCCAGAAUGCGCCGCUAAGAAGUCAGCAAAGAAGGGUAAAAGGUCUACAGGAAAGGCCAGAAAGACUAGCACAGCAAAGACAGGUAAGGUUGCCAAGAAAUCUGCAGGAAAGGUUAGAAAGAGUGGAAAGAGUGUCAACAAAUCUACAGGAAAGAGAUCGUCCGUUACUACCACUACAAGUGGAAAGAAAAAUAUUUCAAACACAAGAUCGUCCACCAAAAAGGGAAGUAAGAAGAGCAAGUCCUCAGCAUCCACCUCUGGCUCAUCUUCAUCAUCUUCCACACAAGUCGAAUCUUCAACAACAUCCUCCCUUACGACUGCUUCUGUGAAGACACCAUUGUCAGUCCCUGUUGCUUCGUCACCAGCCAAAACAAAGCCAAAGACAAACAAAGUUAUUUCCACAAAAAAGAGUUUCCCUUCUGUUGCAUCAAAUACCACUGCUAUUGCAAAGCCAGUGAAAGCAACGACAGCUCAAGGCCCAGCCAAGAAGAUUGUGAAACCAAAGCCUGUAACAAAAAUACCUAUUGUAGCAAAGCCUGUCACAUCAAAUACCACUGCUAUUGCCAAGCCAGCCAAGAAGAUUGUGAAACCAAAGCCUGUAGCAAAGAAUUCGAUUCCAAAGACCACACCAUCUGCUACCAGUGCUAACUCCACUGCUGUAACGCCAAAGUCUGUUCUCUUAUCAAAACCUUCUCCAAAGGCAAGUGGUACUUCAGUAUCCAAGAAAACAACAGCGAAGACAGUGAAAGCAGUUAGAAAACCAACCAAGAUCACCAAAAGAAAGAUUAUUGUUGCAAAGUUGAUCAAAAAACCAACUACACCUGUGACCUCUCCUAUUGCAACACAAAGCGUCUCUGCUGCACCAAAGACUCUAAACAUUCCUAAAACAACAGCUAAACCAACGGCAAAACCAGCUUCCAAACCAGCUUCCUCAAGCUCAGCAGGUUCAGCUAAAAAGAAACCAAACAUUCUUUCAAGGGCUGCUAAAGCUGUGAAACGAGUGGUUAGAAGAUUUGGAAGAAGAAGAAGAUAA